AGAGCGCUGUCAGUGUUGAUGGGGUAGCAGAGCAUUCACUUUGGAAGAAUACGUUCUUGACGAGUCUGUCCGUGUGUUUAUUCCUCACGAGAAACGAUAUUAAUACAGAGAGAAAACGAGGGCUACGGUCAAAGUUGUCAUUUAUACUUUCCAAAUUGUGGUUAACACCGCUGACGAUCAAUAACAAUCAAUCUAUUAAUAAUAUUGUGUUUAACCGUGAUUGUGUAUCGAGCAGUAAACAUCGAGCAGUAACAUAUUUGAGCUCGCGCGCUUGAUCAAUAACUGAUCAAUUUGAAACUAUAGAUUUAUCAGAAGAGUUCGCACGUUAGAGCAGAGAAAAUGGAUUAUUCUUAUUUCUUGACGGACGUUUCCAAACGUAGACGACCUGCCAUGACGCGGGAGCUAACUAAAAAGGCGUAUUCCGCGCCGAAAAGCACUAUUUCUUUAGCAGAAGGAAUGCCCAACGAAGAAACGUUCCCGUUCACGAAUAUCUCAAUUAAACUCAACGAUGGUUCGUCCAUUACUCUCGAAAAAGCCGAAUUAGGUGCCGCUCUCCAGUACAUACCCACGCAAGGUUAUCCUCCUUUUCUGCAGGCCCUGAGGGAAUUCCAGAGAAGGGCACACGCGCCACCCUUAUGGGAGAGACGCGACAUAGUCGUCGUUUCGGGGUCUCAGGACGGGCUUAGCAAGGCUCUGGAGGCUAUAAUCGGCACUGGUGAUCCGAUUUUGGUCCCCACUCCCUUCUAUCCUGGCGUCGAAAUUGUGAUAGCACCUCACAAAGCGGAGCUUAUAGCGAUCCCGCAAGACGACGACGGUCCCAUACCGGAAAUACUCCGGGAAACUCUGAGAAACCGGCAGCUUUUCGGUGGAAAAAUGCCGAAAGCAAUGUAUAUAAACGCUACGGGCACGAAUCCUACUGGCAUCAUUAUACCUCUAAAUAGACGGAAGGAGAUUUACAGGAUAGCCUGCGAGUACAAUUUCCUGCUCCUCGAUGACGAUCCUUAUCAUUUCAUACAUUUUGACAAGGAAGAGCCUAAGUCCUUCUUAUCGCUUGAUACAGAAGGUCGAGUGAUUAGGUUUGAUUCAUUCUCGAAAGUGAUCAGCAGUGGCAUCAGAUUGGGUUUUAUAACUGCUCCAACUCCGCUGGUAGCCUCUGUAGAACUUCAUUUGCAGAGCAGUCACCUUCAUGCUCCUACCUUAUCGCAGGUGAUAAUGUACAAGCUGAUGAAGACCUGGGGUUACGAGGGCCUGAUGAAACAUUACAUGAAUAUAAGGUGCUUCUACAAGAAACGGAGAGACGAAAUCUCAAAGUUGGCACACAAACAUUUGAACGGUCUAGCGGACUUUAACGUUCCAAAAGGUGGAUUCUUUUUAUGGAUUAAAGUACCAGGAAUCAAUAAUACAUGGAAGAUGAUAAUGGAGCGGGGCAUAACGGAUGGCGUUAUUAUGGCGCCAGGAGCUGCGUUUAUGAAAAACGCGAAAUCCUGCAACGCCAUCAGAGCAAGUUUUGCCAAGGCUUCCUAUGAGGAAAUGGAUUUGGCGCUAGAGCGAUUGGCACAAUUAAUUCGGACGGAGUUAGCCGAAAAUUAUAUUAAAAAUAUUGAUACGUGAUGGUAUAUUUGUACAUAUAUUAUCAAUGGAUAAUAUUUGUACAUGACUACACGGUUGAUAUACGGAAGCUAACAACAUCAGUUGAUAAUAAAAUAGAGAUCUAGAGGUGAAAAGAUAUUAUCAAUUAAGUGAAACAUUGAAUGCUAUAAAAGGAGAUCAUACCACACAUCGAUAGUAUUGAGCAAGUUAUGUUAGAUUGAAAUUACACAAAUUGUCCUUUAUAAAACGUAGAACGUAGAACGUAGUCUCGAGUUUCGAUAACAGAGGACAUUGCAUUACUAAAGUAGUUUGUAAAUUAAGUUUUAAGUUUAGUUAAAAUUUUAAGAACUCUGAAUUUUUUUAUAUAACGCGAGCUUUUAAAAGAUAUUGAUAUUUAUAGGCAUAUUUUAUUUUUAUUAAAAAUAAAAAGAAAGUUUUCUACACGAUUUCAUAUAACAACAUGUGUAAAAGUAAACGUAAACUUUUAUAACAACAGUAUAAUAAUAGCUCAACAUUAAUCUCAUAAAAUCUUUAUAAAUGCGCAUAUUAUUAAGCAUAUUAAAUUAAAUUAGUAAAUUAAUUUAAUACAUUAAAAUUUUUUAAAUUUCAAGUACGUUAAAAAUCGUUACAUUCAAGUAAAUUAUUUUUAUAUUUCUACUUAAAUUUGUGUAGAAAAACGUGAUUAAUUAUUUAAUUAUACUUUUAUAUUUUUAUAUUUAUACAUUUUUUGUAUUCAAUUUUAUAUUCAAUUUUUUAAAUGUGUUAAUUUAUAUUAUUAAGUACUCACAAGAAAUGUAAUUGGAAACCAUUGCUUUAUUUUUAUUAUUUAAAUAGACCAUAUUUAGAAGUAAGUUAAACAUUUAAUUAAGAAACUUUUUACAAAAUAUAUUAUACUUAAAAUUGUGUGAAUAAUGUUUGUAUACAUGUUAUAUAUAAAUAAAGAUUUGUUUCAUUAUAA